AUGCUGCUGGCUGUGCUGCUACUGCUACCUCUCCCAAGUUCAUGGUUUGCUCACGGGCACCCACUGUACACGCGCCUGCCCCCCAGCACCCUGCAAGUUCUGUCGGCCCAGGGGACUCAGGCGUUGCAGGCAGCCCAGAGGAGUGCCCAGUGGGCAAUAAACCGAGUGGCGAUGGAGAUCCAGCACAGAUCGCACGAGUGCCGAGGAUCUGGGCGCCCCAGGCUUCAAGCUCCCCUCCAGGACCCACCUGAGCCAGGGCGGUGCGGCGAGAGGCGCCCGAGCACUGCCAACGUGACGCGGGCCCACGGCCGCAUCGUCGGGGGCAGCGCGGCGCCGCCCGGGGCCUGGCCCUGGCUGGUGAGGCUGCAGCUCGGCGGGCAGCCUCUGUGCGGCGGCGUCCUGGUAGCGGCGUCCUGGGUGCUCACGGCAGCGCACUGCUUUGUGGGCGCCCCGAAUGAGCUUCUGUGGACUGUGACGCUGGCCGAGGGGCCCCGGGGGGAGCAAGCGGAGGAGGUGCCAGUGAACCGCAUCCUGCCCCACCCCAAGUUUGACCCGCAGACCUUCCACAACGACCUGGCCCUGGUGCAGCUGUGGACGCCGGUGAGCCCGGGGGGGCCGGCGCGCCCCGUGUGCCUGCCCCAGGAGCCCCAGGAGCCCCCUGCCGGCACCGCCUGCGCCAUCGCGGGCUGGGGGGCCCUCUUCGAAGACGGGCCCGAGGCUGAGGCAGUGAGAGAGGCCCGUGUUCCCCUGCUCAGCGCCGACACCUGCCGAAGGGCCCUGGGGCCCGGGCUGCGCCCCAGCACCAUGCUCUGCGCUGGGUACCUGGCGGGGGGCGUUGACUCGUGCCAGGGUGACUCGGGAGGCCCCCUGACCUGUUCUGAGCCUGGCCCCCGCCCUAGAGAAGUCCUGUUCGGAGUCACCUCCUGGGGGGACGGCUGCGGGGAGCCAGGGAAGCCCGGAGUCUACACCCGCGUGGCCGUGUUCAAGGACUGGCUCCAGGAGCAGAUGAGCUCCUCCUCCAGCCGCGAGCCCAGCUGCAGGGAGCUUCUGGCCUGGGAACCCCCCCAGGAACUGCAGGCAGACACCGCCCGGCUCUGCGCCUUCUAUGCCCGCCUGUGCCCGGGGUCCCAGGGCGCCUGUGCGCGCUUGGCGCACCAGCAGUGCCUGCAGCGCCGGCGGCGAUGCGGUCAGUUCUGUUCACCGGGACCGGGACGGGGGGCGGAGGGAAAGGGGCCUGGCCAGCCUCUGACCGCCGCUCCGACUCCUGUACGGUCUGCAGAGCUGCGCUCGCUGGCGCACACGCUGCUGGGCCUGCUGCGGAACGCCCAGGAGCUGCUCGGCCCGCGCCCGGGGCUGCGGCGCCUGGCCCCCGCCCUGGCUCGCCCCGCUCCAGCGCUCCAGGAGUCUCCCCGGCACCCUGCCCGCGAGCUGCGGCUGCACUCAGGAUCGCGGGCUGCAGGCACUCGAUUCCCGAAGUGGAGGCCGGAGCCGCGCGGAGAAGCCAAUGGCUGCCCUGGGCUGGAGCCCCUGCGACAGAAGUUGGCUGCCCUGCAGGGGGCCCAUGCCUGGAUCCUGCAGGUCCCCUCGGAGCACCUGGCCAUGAACUUUCAUGAGGUCCUGGCAGAUCUGGGCUCCAAGACACUGACCGGGCUCUUCAGAGCCUGGGUGCGGGCAGGCUUGGGGGGUCGGCAUGUGGCCUUCAGUGGCCUGGUGGGCCUGGAGCCGGCCACACUGGCUCGCAGCCUCCCCCGACUGCUGGUGCAGGCCCUGCAGGCCUUCCGCGUGGCUGCCCUGGCAGAAGGGGAGCCCGAGGGACACUGGAUGGAUGUAGGGCAGGGGCCUGGACUGGAGAGGAAGGGGCACCACCCACUCAACCCUCAGGUACCCCCCGCCAGGCAACCCUGAGCCAUGUCUGGGCCCCCAGCCCCUGGGGAGGAGCUACUGCUCCCAGGAGCUGAGAGCGGCUCGGGAGCAUAAUCACAAACUGUUGCUGCCAUAGUGGCUGGGUGUGUGCGGGAGGGAUGGGGUGGGGGUCCUGGGCCCUCCGUGUCUUCCCAGGUUUACAAUCAGAGAAUCACAGCUGCUUUAAUAAAUGUUAUUUAUAAUACAUGGAAA